UUUUAAAGUAUCUUUUAAGUGCGCGAAUACCUCAAGACACAUCUAAUGCAUCUAAUGAGACUAAGAAGUGUGAGUCAUCUCAGGAGACUGAGAUGAUUUUACAACAUGGAUGUAUGACUAAACGCACUUUUUGUUCGAGUUCGGAUGAAUUUUGGUUAGGUAGUGAUAAUAUCAGAGAGGAUUUCAGUUUCAGUUCCGCUUUAAUACCGUUCGAUAAAAAUGGAACAAUGGACAGACAAAGUAGCGAAAAUAGCGAAAAUAACGAACAAAGUCACCUGUGCGAUGAGGAAGUACAAAAAUUCGAAAGACAAGAUAGUGCAGAUACGGUUCAAAGUUACGGUGGAGAUAGUUCCUGCUCGUUGGACUUUAUUUUACGUAUUCAAUCACCUUUUGACGCCGAAAAGGAAAUCGACAUUACGAAUACGGAAUUCAGUGAAAAUGUUGAAUGCGGUGAAAUUAGUGCAGAAUCGACGGAAAUACCACAAUCCUCGUCAACCACCGACAGAAAAGUGCUAAACGAAAAUUCCGCAGAAUGCUCAACAACAGGCCUUGAUGAAACGGUUUUAGUUCCUUCAGAUCCAUUGGAAUGGACCACCACCCACAUAAAAGCAUGGUUAGAAUGGUGUACUAGGAAAUUCUCGUUACAUCCGAAACCGGACCCAAAUAAAUUUCCCGGAACUGGUCCCGAAAUAUGUGAAUUAAAUAGAAUCGAAUUUGAAGAGAGGGCCGAUAGCUCUAGAUCAGGAAAAAUUCUUGCCAAAUACAUAGCAUACCUUCGACACAGUGUAACGGGAAGAGCGAGCAGUCCGUUGAAUGUAGAAUGUAAAGAAUUUGAGGAUGAUACAGACGACGAUGAACAAGAUCCUUAUCAACUGUUAAACGCAGCUACGAGUCGAUUGGUAGCGCAAGGUUCGGGUCAGAUCCAACUGUGGCAGUUUCUUCUCGAACUGCUCAACGAUUCGUCGAACGCCGCUUGUAUCACGUGGGAAGGCACCAAUGGGGAAUUCAAACUCACCGAUCCCGACGAGGUAGCCAGGAGAUGGGGAGAGAGAAAAUCAAAACCGAAUAUGAACUAUGACAAACUCAGUCGAGCUCUUAGGUAUUACUACGACAAGAAUAUUAUGUCAAAAGUCCAUGGUAAAAGAUACGCAUACAAAUUCGAUUUUCAAGGUUUAAUGGUUGCUUGUCAGGCUCAAGCACAAGGCCAAGGAGAUGUUCUUCCCACUUACCACAAAUAUCAACCGCAUCAGAGCGAUUUAGGUGCUGCGUUGUAUCAAACCGGUCACCCAACCAAUCACAGAUUACCCAGUAUUUUACCAACUACUACUCAACAUUCCCAAACAGGACUCUUCCCACCACCCAGCUAUUGGCCCUACUCUCCAGGAACGUUCGAUCCUAGAGGUGGACAUUUUAAUUGAAGAUAUUAGUGAAUUACGUUCAUUAUAUGUUCAGAUAGUCUAUCAAACAUCCGAAUCAUUUUUUAUACCAUAUCAUCGUUUUCGAUAUUGAAAAACCAAGGCGAAAAUAUUAUUUACCAUCAAUCUACAUUGAUGGUAAAGCUUUUUGUGUCCAGUAUAAAAGAUAAUAUAAUUAUCAGUACCCUGGAGGUAGUACGAUGAUUACUGAACAAGAAAUCUACUGAACUGUAGGUCUAAAUCUGAUCUAAACUUUACUACUAACAAAAAAUAAAUCUGAGGAAGAAUCAAGAUGUAAAAUUUAUACAAUAUUAAGAAAGGUACUUUUCUAUAAUACACAUCAAUAAAGUGAAUAGUUUAUAAGCCGUUUUGCGCCAAUAUAUAGACAACCAAGAUUACUUACACACCAUGAGGACUUCUCGGAAACUAUACUUGCGUGCAUAGAAAUCGGCUCACUAUAAACUUUUGACUGCAACUGUAUAUUUUUUUAAUUAUUCAUCACAUAAAAAAAAAUAUUCUGUUUUGAAAGACAAAAAACUUAUUUCGAUUUCUUAUAAAUUGCUAGGAGCUCCUCUUGCCCUAAUAACAACUCUCAUACGAUUAGGCAUAAAUCUAAUAAAAGUUAGCUAUUGUUUCUUGUGGGAGGUUAAGAUGUUGAGCUAAUCUUCUUCUACGGCAACAAUAAGCUCUGGGAUCGAAUUUGGAGUAGGCAGUUUAGUUCGAAUUCUUCUUUUUUUUAGCUUAGGUCAGGACUGUAACCCGAAAACCGACUUCUGCAUUGUAAUCUUGCACACUUUUGGCGGUAUGCGGCCUUGCAUUGUUAUGCAUAAAGGUAAAUUCGUCUACAAUGUAAGAUAACACAUGAAAUGCCAAAAUCUCCUCGAUAUAUAUAUCUAUCGGUCGUUAAGCCUCUUCUUCCGUGAACACGGUCACCCCUACGAAGGAAAACAGGGUCGGUUCGUGCUCUAGUAGAAAAUGCACCACAGAUCAUGCAGGAACCAGUUCCAUAAGCACUCCGAUCUUUAAAGAAGUAAUCUCUCUUGGUCUUCAGUAUACUUUCCUUCUUCAGUCGCUACCAUGGAGGUGUAUUCUGGUCUCAUCUGAUAACAGAACUGUUGAAGAGCUAGAGUAAGUUUUGGACUAAUCGCAGGUGUUUUAGGGGUAAGGUUAUUUCAUUCAGUCUUCAUCUUACUGUUCACUGAAUAAUAGUCAAUCCUCGCACCUCAUGAAGCUGUCGUUGCACUUGAACGGCAUUAAGAUGACGAUUUCUUAAUGUUGUUGCACAGUAAAGAGGAAAUCACGAACGGUUGUCAAUCACCUUCAGCCUUUUCCAGGUCGCUUAUGAAGGGAUCGAAUCUCCUCAUAACGUUGGAGCACUUCUCGAACCCAGCGCGGGUCAUAUCCAAUUGACAAGCAACAGCUCGCUGACCAAGUCCAUUUUCGAUUAAAGCAAUAACUUGGGCAGCUUUUUGUGGUGUAGUAUCCAUUAAACUAACACAAUUGAAUGUUAUUUAGAUUCUAAAUACAAAAAAACGAAUAAUAUGCAAAUUUCAGCAAUAAUUUUAAUACUUGACAAAUAUGUUUUUUCGUUACCAUCACCACAUAAACAAGUUUCCUUUGUUUACUGGUUACUACGUAUAUAAACGAUAAGCCUUGCAUUAAGUUCACUAUGUUGAACAUUUAAAAUCGAAAUAAGUUUUCAUAAAUGUAUACUCACAUUAAAGCAUAUUAAAUUGUCUAAAAUAGAAGAUUUCUUUUUUUGAUCUGAUGAAUAAUUUAGAAAUAUAUAUAUAGUUAAGUGUGUGAUAGGGUUGACCAGAUCAUGAUCAGAAUGUUUGGGAAACUAACCAGGAUCACAUUCAUUGUUAAUUAGAAACUGCUCGCGGUUAUCGGAUGUGAUCUGAUCUUUCUAUCUUGG